AUGCAGCUUUUAGCUUCAGCUCUUUUUCUAACACUACUGCAGUGCUCUACUGCCCAAAAUGAGUCAAGCAUUACACCUGCAGACUGUGAUACCAUUGAAACAGAUGCAGGAGUGGCCCUGGAUUUGGUCAACAGACAUCGGAGAGAUGGCUAUGUUUUUGGUUUAUUCCGUGUUGUUGAUGCCUAUGAGCAACAUACAGGAUAUUCAUCAAUCUUUUACUUAACUUUGGAUGUUCUGGAAACUGAAUGCUCAGUAUUAUCUGGAAGACAUUGGGAGUCUUGUAAAUACAGCGAUGCACAUUCCCUGGUCUUUGGGCAAUGUAAGAUUAUCACAUAUACAAGCCAGCUGCUGAAAAAAUCCCACCAACUAUAUGGAUUUAAUUGUACAGUAAGUCCAGUUCCUCCAGAUUUAUUAGAGUGCAAAGACUGUCCUGUAAAAGUUGAAGUCUUAGAAGUCACUGAGCAACACAAGGAUAUUGCUGCAAAGGCCUUGGAAAAAUAUAAUAAUGAAGGUAACCACACAAACUACUUCAACGUAGACAAAGUUGAAAAAAUUUUAAAGGUGACUGGCCCCAGUGAAGGUCACAUUUUAGGAUUCUCCAUAAAAGAGACCAAUUGUUCCAAAUCUGUACAACAUACAAAAAUGCAACUGGAAUGUGAUUUUCUAGAUGACUGGCACGCUCAAGUGGGAUUCUGCAAGGCGACAAUCAGUGUUACAGAAGAAUCUAAUGGAACUGAUAUAAACUGUGAGCUCUACCAUCCCUGGCAGCGGCACUACGGACAAAAAUGCAGAUAUCCACCUCUGGGUUGGCUACCAAGGCAUCCCCAUCAUCCUGCUGGUCACAGACAUCAUCACAGGCAUAGCCAUCCACCUCCUCCUCACUUCAUACCUGAAGACUCUGAGCAUCACUAUGAUUUCAGUGAAGAAAAUCAGGGCAGCCAUGAAGGACCUCCUCCUCCCUUACCGCAUGGUGGGCCACAUCACCACCCUCAUCUGCCACACCAUCAUUGUCCUCCUCCUCCCCAAGAGGAAACACAUCAUCCUCUUCCCACUCUUCCCAACGAUGGACCACACACUCCUCCUCCUCCCCAAGAGGAAACACAUUACCCCCCUCCUGCACUUCUUGAUGAUGAACCACAUACUCCUCCCCCCCAAGAGGAAACGCAUCACCUCUCUCCUCCUUCCCACAACGGACCACAAUGUCCUCAUCCUCCUCCCCACCAUCAUGGACAACAUCAUCCCCCUCCCCACCAUCAUGGACGACAUCGUCCCCCUCAUCCUCCCUGCCAUGGACCACACUGCCCUCCUCCUCCCCACCAUCAUGGACGACAUCAUCCCCCUCAUCCUCCCUGCCAUGGACCACACUGCCCUCCUCCUCCCCACCAUCAUGGACGACAUCAUCCCCCUCAUCCUCCCCACCAUGGACCACACUGCCCUCCUCCUCCCCACCAUCAUGGACCACAUCCUCCUCCUCCUCAUUUUCACCAUGGACCACACUGCCCUCCUCCUCCCCACCAUCAUGGACCACAUUAUCCCCCUCUUCCUCCUCCAGGACAUCCGUCUUAUCCCCAUCAUCACUAUUACAGACAUCACUGCAACAGGGCAAGCUCAUCAGGAAAGCACUUUCAAUUCCAAACAAUAGGAGCUGUCAAUCGCAUCCCAGUUCUAAAUCAGCAGGACUCCCUCAUAGUUCCCAUUGCAAACUUUCUUCAGCUGUCCCAAAGUGGCCAUGACUUCUCCAGCACUGGUGAGGGUACUCCCUUCACUAGCUCAAAUCUAGAGAAGAUACUAGGAACUCAUGAUUUUCCAUAUCACUCUUCACAAUCAAAAUCAUGCCCAGGAAAACCCAAACUUCAUCUGCCCCAAAUUUUGCCUUUAUUUCCACAUAAAUCUAUGUCAGAAAUUUUUCCUAAAUGA